CACGCACCCACUCUCCCGCACCCGCACCCACUCGGCAAACCCUAGCGCCGCCGCCGCCCCCACACCAUGGCCGUUGACGGCGAGGAGCCCGAAUCCCCGUGCCUCCCAAGCGCCCGAAACCCUAGCCCGCCUCCUUUCUUUCCACAUCUUUAUCGAUCCCCUUCCAGAUCCCCCAUCUCCUCACCCGAUGGAGAGAGAGAGAGCUUGCCUCCUCCCUUCCAGAUCCAUCACCGCCGCCACCUCCCUCCGGCGGAGCUCGCCGAAGUUCCCCACGCCUUUCUUCUCUCGCCCCUCCCCUUCCAAACUCCCCACAGCGACGGCCGACGGCCUCACCGCGGAGCAAAAUCUCCCACCACCGCGAAGCCAGCGAGGAUGUUCCCGUGCCGGCCGCUAGUGUCCCCACCGCUGCCGCGGGUGCUCGCCGACGCGGUGGCUGCCAUGGCCGUCGAUGUCGCUGCAUGGCCAAGGAGCGAUGGGUGCGGAUGGUGGUGAAGCAGAUCCAGCGGGAGCUGGCGGACAUGCUGACCCGCGACCCCGUCAUGAAGCGCGCCAUCUUCCCCGAGGCCGCCCCAGGGUCAUGGUGGAGCCCUUCGCCAGGGAGUUACUCGGCGCCGAUAGGGUGGUGGGCACGGAGUUGGAGGUGGGCAGGUCCGGCAAGGCAGUGUGCACCGAAUGCCAUGGGCGCCAGUCGGAAGCUGCAGGGCGAGAUCGACCGCGUGCUCAAGAAGCCGGAGGAGGGCGUCGACGUCUUCGACGGCAUCUGGAACAAGGUCUACGACACCGAGAAUGCGAACCAGAAGGAGAAGUUCGAGGCGGACCUCAAGCCAUUGCUGUGAGGUAUGUGGAAAACAAGCUGUUGAAGAACAGGGGCAAGACGAUUGAGGUGAACGACAAGGACGAUAAGGACGAGGUGGAUGAGCUCUAUGUCAUGCCAGACCACCUGAAGGUGAGGAAGAAGAACAUGGAGGAGAGCUCAACCCAGUGGACCACCGGCAUCGCUGAAGUUCAGCUGCCCAUCGAGAGCUCUAGGUUGAAGAAGUUAAAAGAAGGGAACGCUUCAUCUUUAUAGCUAGUUUUGUGUUCCUGUGUGUUUUAUGUUCCUGGGUGUUGUACUUCAUAGCAGCACUUCCUGGGUGUUCCUGGGUGUUCUAAAUUCCUUGAUGAUGUGAACUAUGGCAUGAUUGUAAUAUAUAUAAUAUACUCAUUUUGGUCAUCA